UCAGAAGUCGUAACAACCUGACUCUUGAUAUGGAAGGCGAAGACUCGUUGCGGCCACCGCCGGAUUUUCGUGGCACAUCGGAGUCGGAGGAGCAAGUCAUGAGCGAAGUUCACCUGGGAUGUCCUCCCGGCCAUUCUGGCCCCCAUAUCUCCCACUUUAUCAUCUCUCUUCCGGCUUCAGUUAGAGGCGGAGAUGAACCCAUUGAGGAUGAUUAUAGUGGUGAAAAGUUGAGUUUAGCGCGCAAAGAGUAUGACUUGGAUGGAGAUGGUGAUCUUAUCCUAAAACGACGCACUAAACCACUGAGGGAUUAUUUUGUAGUUGCCAUCAGGCAUAACAUUACUUCAUCAAUUCCAAGAGUUGGUCUGCAGGUGUGGAAAGCAGAACUAGUGUUGGCUGACUUUGUCUUGCACAAGAUGUUCACGUCAAAAGAGCUUGAUGGAAUUGUUGCAAUAGAACUUGGUGCUGGUACAGGCUUAGUGGGCAUGUUACUUGCACGCGUUGCUCGAACAGUUUUUAUAACAGACCAUGGUGAAGAAGUACUUGACAACUGUGCUAAGAACGUUCAUUUAAAUGCUGCAAUUUUCCAUCCUCGUGCUUCGGUUUAUGUUCGUGAACUCGAUUGGAAUUGUUCAUGGCAGCCUCAAGUAAUAGAAGAUUUAGAGUCCAAAGAGAGCUAUAUUUGGAACAAAACAGAGGUUGAAGAAUUCUGGAAAGCUUCUUUCAUUGUAGCUGCUGAUGUUAUCUACAGUGACGACCUAACUGAUGCAUUAUUCAGUACUUUACACAGAAUGAUGUCGAAGUGUCCAGAAAAGGUUCUGUACUUGGCACUAGAGAAGCGCUAUAACUUCAGUAUCGAUGAUCUGGAUGUUGUGGCGAAUGGUUAUUCGCAUUUUCGAAGCUAUCUUAGGGAGGGAGAUAGUGAUGGUGAUCUUGAAAGUGGAUCCUUGCAUAGCUUUCUGGGCAAGCGUGUUGAUCUCGCAGAGAUUCCUCAAUAUGUGAGAGAUUAUGAGAGAGGAAAUGAUGUUGAGUUGUGGCAGAUCAUGUAUGGAGAGAGGAAACAGUAGUGUCAUUUUGGAUUAGGCUUAUUAAAUUGUCUGUGGAGAUCACUUCAGUUUCACAUAUGCUUGAUCGAGAUUUUUGAAGUUUCUGAUUGAGCUUAUCAGCUCCUAUGGCUUUUCUUUUGUGCUGUCA